CCUUGCCUGCCUGCCACUUUGAGCGCAAACAUCCCAGGAGCUUACCUGUUCGCACUGCAGCUUGUAGGCAUCCUUUAAUCGCCCUCCACGGACCCUCCGAGGCAUCAACAACCGCAACGGGCAGCAGGUAUGCAGCGUGAGGAGGUGUAGAAGAGAGAGAGGGGAGGGAGAGAGAGGGAGAGAGAGACAGGAAGAAGCGUGUAUUUUUUUGCAGAGCGUGGACAGCCAGUGGAGAAAAGCCCUUGCACAGCGUGGGUCUGCAACUGAGAAUAUGGAAUAAAGUGAUUGCGGCGGUCUGGUCCUCUGUGAACUUCGCGAUGGCCGCUUCUGCUGCUUCUCUGGGGGAAGUUGGUGGCGUCCUGCACGGCAUCGACGGUAUCGCGCACGUCGGAUCCCAUUUCCUCCUGACCCCAAUCGCGGACAGUCCGCCGACGCUGCUGGGGGAGCAACUCUUACCCGGGGACAGAUUGUCGCGCAGCUCGGCCGCGGAUUUAACGCACCUCAAAGGGAUCUUGAGGAGGAGACAGUUGUACUGCAGGACUGGUUUCCAUCUCGAGAUACUUCCGGAUGGCACCGUGCAAGGGACCAGAAAGGACCACAGUCGUUUCGGUAUUUUGGAAUUCAUAAGCCUUGCCGUUGGCCUAAUAAGCAUCCGAGGAGUGGACAGUGGACUCUAUCUGGGGAUGAAUGACAAAGGAGAGCUAUAUGGCUCUGAGAAGCUGACAGCUGAAUGCGUCUUCAGGGAACAGUUUGAAGAGAACUGGUACAACACAUAUUCGUCCAACCUCUACAAACACGGAGACAAAGGGACGCGUUACUUUGUGGCUUUAAAUAAAGACGGGACACCAAGGGAUGGGACUAAAUCCAGGCGGCAUCAAAAAUUCACACACUUCUUGCCCAGGCCUGUUGACCCUGAUCGCGUGCCAGAACUAUACAGAGACAUCCUGGGCCACAGCUGAGACCUGCCAAGAUCUGCUCCAGAGCGGGAAUAGCUGCUGCCGCCCUCACACGCAGGCAGUGGGCAAUAUGGGAUGGACGCAGUCAGUGCAGGCAGGAGCACAGCGAGCUAACCGGCAGGUAUAAAGGCACCGGGGCCCCUUCUAGGAAUGCACGGGCAUCUCUCAGCAGCCACAGACAGGCGAGACUGACUCUGUCAGUCUGCACGCUCAGCAUGAGAGGGUCAUUUUGUCAGUGUGGACGGAAGAAUCUCAAAGUACCUGCGAGGAAUAGGAGACCAAGCGGAAGUGGCAUAUUCUAUGUCUCUGGUGGGAGACAUCCGAUGAGUUUGUGGGAACGUGUUUAUUGGGAUGCUUUGGUCUGUUCCGGAGGACUUUGAAGGAAAACAGUGACUUUCUUUUAAGAAGAGCUAAAGUGUACCUAUUUAUUUAUUCCUUUUAGAUUCAUAUAUUUAUGUUAUAUAUUUAUUUAUUUGAGAAUAUAUUUUUACAUUUAUAUACAUGCAAUAUAGAGAAACUACUAGAAACUGUAUGAAUUAUGUAAAGACUGAAACACUGUACUAUAAUUGUCUUUUAUCCAAAGCUCCACAAUACUGUAGUACCACCAAAGAUAUGAACAAUAUUAGUGACGUUUGUAAUGGACCCUCCAAUAUUUUCAAUGCAUUUCACCACAAGUGUCAGUCACAAUUUAAUUAACCCAUAUGGCACAGUUACAGACAAACCAUGUGUGUCAUCAACAAAAUCGCUUAUAAAUUAUUCAUGUCCAACAAUAAAUAAGAAUGUGAUCAUCAUGUGUUUCACUGUGAGAAUCAGAGCAACCUUAUGUACGAGGUUAAUUUAGAAAGCCAUUUUUUUUUUUUUUUUUUUAAAGAAGCACGACUGGUUGCCUUUAUCAUCCACACUUUCAACACAUAAACCUGCUUACAAGACCAAUGUUGUGUUUCUUCAUGGG